UCGAUCAUUACGAGACUUGCGUGGAAACGUUCAACCAUUCGGGAAUGCAUUGAUAUUGCUCGCAGGAGAUUUUAGGCAAACAUUGCCUGUAAUUUCUCGAUCGACACCAGCAGACGAAAUUAAUGCUUGCCUGAAAUAUUCAACACUAUGGCGGCACGUACAUACAUUGGAGUUGACUACGAAUAUGCGUGUCCAGUUGCAGAAUGAUCCAUCAGCUGAGGUAUUCUCACGACAGUUACUGGAAAUUGGAAACGGUCAGCUGCCAGUCGAUGAGACGUCUAGACAAAUAUCACUUCCCGAUAAUUUUUGUAAUUUAGUUACAUCAAAAGAAGAACUGAUCGAAAAAGUAUUUCCUGACAUUCAGAUAAAUCAUAGAAAUCAUGAUUGGCUCAGUGAACGAGCUAUCCUUGCCGCAAAGAAUAAAGAUGUCUAUCAACUUAAUAAUGUUAUACAAUCCAGUAUUCAAAGUGAUGAAACUACAUAUAAGUCGAUAGACACUGUUGUGGAAGCUGAUGAAGUAGUUAAUUAUCCAACAGAAUUUCUAAACUCACUUGAUCUGCCAGGGAUACCACCACACAUAUUGAAAUUGAAAGUAGGUGUGCCAAUUAUCCUCUUGCGGAAUAUUAAUCAGCCAAAACUCUGCAACGGCACGCGACUUGCAGUUAAGAGAUUAAUGAAUAAUGUAGUGGAAGCAACGAUUUUAACAGGGCCUUUCAAAGGUGAAGAUGUCCUCAUUCCUCGAAUACCCACGAUCCCGACCGAUACACCAUUUCAAUUUAAAAGAUUGCAAUUCCCAAUUCGAUUGGCAUUUGCAAUCACAAUCAACAAAGCUCAAGGUCAAUCUUUAGAAUUGUGUGGUCUAGAUUUAGAUGUGGAUUGCUUUUCACAUGGACAACUGUAUGUUGCGUGUUCCCGAGUCGGCAAACCAGAUAGUCUUUAUAUUUACGCAGACAGUGGAAAAACAAAAAAAAUUGUAUAUAAACAAGUAUUGCAAAAUUAAACUUAUAUGAAAUGUAUUCUUUGUUUUUUCUCAUUUCUCAACCAUUCGCAAACAGAGAGUGAGAAUAGGGAAAAAUCUGAGUGCAGAAGAAGGCCUUCCUGUAAAAUUCGGCGUGCCACAAGGAACAGUUCUUGGUCCGAUACUGUACCUCAUCUUUGCCAAUGAGUUGUGCUCACUCGACAUUGGUGGCAAGAUUAUUGUCUUUGCCGACGACACA